GUCAGUCACACCCAGUACGGCUCGCCUCGAGAAAGCAUACUGCAACCCAGCGUGCAAGAAGAAGACGCUACAGAAAUCGUGCAAGAUAGCGGAUGAUGGGUCGCGGGGUUGCUGCGAUGGCGCCGGCUCUCGUGCUGCUUCUACUCCUCUCGGGGUGGUCGGCGAUGGGGGCACCGCGUUUACGCGAGAGGUGGGAGGAGGGGGAGGGGGAGUGGCAGCCGGAGGAAGAGGCCAAGGGCUGCGGCGGAGGUGGCGGAACGGGGAAAGGGCUGUUCUUGCUGGACAAGGUGGAGAAGCUGGUGGAGUCGGAAGGUGGGAGCGUGCACGUCGUGCGGGGGGUGCCAGGUUCCGGCGUGCCGGAGUUACCGUGGCAGCACGGCCACGGCGGGUGGUCAGCGGGGUGCGGAGCUUGCCGAGAGGGGCUCAUGCACAUCGGCUUCAUAACCAUGGAGCCCAAGACGCUGUUCGUGCCGCAGUACAUAGACUCCAACAUCGUCCUCUUCGUGCAGCGAGGGGAUGUGAAGGUUGGAUGGAUCCACAAGGGCGGUCUGGUGGAGAAGCAGCUCAAGAUGGGCGACGUCCUCCAAAUCGACGCCGGAACCACCUUCUACAUGGUGAACACCGGCAAAGGCCAGAGGCUGCACAUCAUAUGCAGUAUCGACGCCUCGGAUGGCGCAGGGUUCGUCCCUUAUCAGUCCUUCUAUCUUGGUGGGGGAGGAAGACAGACGUCAGUGCUGGCCGGCUUCGAGCCAAAGAUUCUUGUCACCGCUCUCAACACAACUUACGACGAAUUGGAAAGAAUAUUACCCGUGAAACCUCGGGGCCCUUUCGUGUCCUACACAACGGAGAGCGGUGGCAAAGAACAUGGACAGGGAGACAAGCGUGAUGUGGGUGAAAAUGGAAGGGGGAGCGAGCCAUGGAGACCAGUGGGGAAGGGCGGCGACGAGGAAGACGGUAGCGGGCAAUCCACUUGGACUUGGUCGUGGAGGAAGCUGAUGGGCAGGUUCAUCGGAGGGGCCUCAUCCAGUGCCGCCGCCCCAGCGCAGCCGAACAAGAAGUCGGACAAGACUGUGCGCGCGCCGGAGCCCUACAACCUGUUCGACCAUGAGCCCAGCUUCCGGAACACCUACGGUUGGAGUAUCUCCGUCGACAAGCACGACUACGAGCCCUUGGACCGCUCAGACAUCGGCGUCUAUCUCGUCAACCUCACCGCCGGCUCGAUGAUGGCGCCACACGUGAACCCGAGGGCGGCGGAGUACGGCGUGGUGCUCGGCGGGGAAGGCAUCAUCCAGGUGGUCUUCCCCAACGGGUCCCUUGCGAUGAGCGCGCAGGUGCGUGCCGGCGACGUGUUCCGGAUCCCACGCUACUUCCCGUUCGUCCAGGUAGCGUCGCGGGGUGGGCCGUUCGUGUUCUUCGGGUUCACCACGUCGGCGCUGCGGAACAAGCCUCAGUUCCUGGUCGGCCCCACCUCUGUCCUCCGCGUGAUUCUCGGGCCGGAGCUCGCGGCCGGGUUGGGCGUCCCUUUGAAGGAAUUGAGGGAGGUGGUGGAGGCCCAGAAGGUGGCGGUGAUAGAGCCAUCGUUGCCGGACAAGGAGAAGGAGAAAGAGAGGGAACCGUUUGUUAUGAAUCAAGUGUCGAGGGAGUAAGCUCAUGCGGCCAAGUCGUCUGCUUAAUGGUUUAUUGGGCGGAUGAUCGAUCAUACACAUGUGUUCUUCUGGUCGGAACUUGUGUACAUCAUGUGCGUGUUUGUUUGCGCCCGUGUGUUUCGGUCGCUAGCGCGUGUGUUGUGUGUUCUACGUGUUUGUUCGUGUGAGUUCCGGCGUCGUUAAUAAAUAAAGAUGCAUGUCAAAUUCA